AUGGCUUCGUCCAGCUCCUCCAGCACCUCAGGCGGCCCCAUCGCCAGAGGAUCUCGAAGGAGGAGGCUCGUUCUGAAGCUGAGCCAGAAGGACACCCUGCAAGCGCUCUUUCAACAGAACCCCUACCCUGGGAUAGCGACCAGAGAACGACUGGCCCGAGAGCUUGGCAUUGCCGAAAGCAGAGUUCAGGUCUGGUUUCAGAACCAACGAAGAAGACGGUUAAAGCAGAGCCGAUCGCCGUCUGCAAAUAUGCGCCAAGACGGGGAAGGGGCGCCAGGAGAGGCCAGGAGAAAGAGGACAGCCAUCUCUCCUUCUCAAACAAGGAUCCUUGUGCAAGCCUUCACGAGGGAUCGCUUUCCAGGGAUUGCCGCCAGGGAAGAACUGGCUCGUCAGACGGGAAUCCCAGAACCUCGAAUCCAGAUAUGGUUUCAAAACCGAAGAGCUCGGCACCCCCAGCAGAGCGCAAGGGGGCCUGGCAAUGCGCCUUCCCCGGGGGCUGCUGCGGAUGCAGGAGCACACCCUGCCCUCCCAGGCACAGCCAGCAUCCUAGAAGAGUUCGUGGAGGCCACAGGCAUCCCGGACACGCAGGCGCCUUCCCCGGGGGCUGCUGCAGAUUCAGAAAUAUGGUUUCAAAACCGAAGAGCUCGGCACCCCCAGCAGAGCGCAAGGGGGCCUGGCAAUGCGCCUUCCCCGGGGGCUGCUGCGGAUGCAGGAGCACACCCUGCCCUCCCAGGCACAGCCAGCAUCCUAGAAGAGUUCGUGGAGGCCACAGGCAUCCCGGACACGCAGGCGCCUUCCCCGGGGGCUGCUGCAGAUUCAGAAAUAUGGUUUCAAAACCGAAGAGCUCGGCACCCCCAGCAGAGCGCAAGGGGGCCUGGCAAUGCGCCUUCCCCGGGGGCUGCUGCGGAUGCAGGAGCACACCCUGCCCUCCCAGGCACAGCCAGCAUCCUAGAAGAGUUCGUGGAGGCCACAGGCAUCCCGGACACGCAGGCGCCUUCCCCGGGGGCUGCUGCAGAUUCAGAAAUAUGGUUUCAAAACCGAAGAGCUCGGCACCCCCAGCAGAGCGCAAGGGGGCCUGGCAAUGUCCGGGCCCGAGGACCAGGCGGCGCAUCGGCCACGACUGCUCCUGCUCCAGAGGACCGAAGGGCCCCACCCGCUGUCCACAGCACCUCUCCUCCCCUUGGCCCCUCUCAGACACAGGAGAGCAUGCCACCCUUGGCUGCAGCCGCUCCUUUGGGCGCCCCCACCUUCUGGGUGCCUGGGACUGCCUCUGGGGUCUGUGUGGGCCAGCCGUUGAUGUUCUUCGUGAUCCAGCCCAGCCCGAUGGCUCUCCAGCCAAGUGAGAAGCCACCACCUCCUCCCCAGGUAGCAGUGCCCUGGGCCGCGUGCUCCCCUGCUGACACGGCCCCUUGGCAGCCUGGGCCAGGGGCCAUCCUGCCGCCUCUACAGCCUGAGACACACAUCAGGCGGAGGCCAGAGUCACCCGUUGCUGAAGGCACGGCCCCUCUGCUAGAGCCACAGCCCCAUCCGCCCAGCCUUCCAAGAUCGACAAGCCUCCUAGAUGAGCUCUUGGCGGCCACCGGCAUCCUGGAAACGCAGGCGCCUUCCGCGGGGGACGCUGCAGAUGCACGAGUGCACCCUGCCCUCCCAGGCGAACCCAGCAUCCUAGAAGAGUUCGCGCCUUCCCCGGGGGCCGCUGCAGAUGCAGGAGCACACCCUGCCCUGCCAGGCACACCCAGCUUUCUAGGCCAGCUCUUGGAGGCCACGGAUAUUGCGGCCUCGCAGGCGCCUUCCCUGGGGCCCUAUGCAGAUGCAGGAGCACACCUCGCCCUCCCAGGCUCACCCAGCCUCCAAGAUGAGCUCCUGGCCGUCACAUGCAUCCCGGGCUCGCCGGGUCCUUCCCUGGGGUCCUCUCCUGUCAUCCCAGGGUACCAUCCAGCCCUCCCCGGGUCUCCCAGCCUCCUAGAGGAAAUCAUGGCUGCCUCGUCCAUCCAGGACACGCCCUGGUCUUCACCGCGGGCCGCUGCGGACGAAGAAGGAGUUGA